AUGGUGAACAUUUUUGCAAUAUACAAGCCACUGUUGGGUGGAGUAAUGAGGGUAGCUGGGGUUAGACCUCAAAUGGUGGAAAUAGAACCAGGAACAGUCGUUCACUUCUGGGUCGGCAACGAAGCCAAGAAGAAACCGAAGCCUGCUGUGGUGUUUCUUCAUGGGUUUGGCGAGGAUGGUAUUGCAAUAUGGCAGUUCCAAGUCUUGGCUCUAGCGAGAAAGUACAGAGUUUUUGUUCCGGAUUUGCUCUUCUUUGGCCGUUCACUCACCGACAAAUCUGAGCGUUCACCGGAGUUUCAAGCCGAGUGUAUGGCUAAGGGUCUGAGGAAGCUAGGGGUGGAGAGGUGCACCUUGGUAGGGCUGAGCUAUGGAGGGACGGUUGGGUUCAAGAUGGCUAAGAUGUACCCGGACUUGGUUGAGUCUUUGGUGGUGACAUGCUCUGUAAUGGCCUUGACUGAGUCUCUCUCUGGUGCAGCCCUUGAGAGGAUCGGUUUCAAAUCCUGGCCGGAGUAUUUGCUUCCGGACUCAGGCAAGGGAGUUGAAUUGCUUUUUGACGUUCUCACCUACAAGCUGCCCCCUAUCCCUAAUUUUUUUUACAAACACUGUUUGGAGGUAAUGUUUGAGAACAGAAAGGAGAAAGUAGAGCUACUCAAGGCUUGGGUCGUUGAUGACAAGGACUUUACCCUAACUCAUUACCCACAGAGGAUACAUCUACUGUGGGGAGGGAAUGACAUCAUUUUCACCAUGGAAGAUGCCAACAACUUGAAGAGGCAAUUGGGAAACAGAGCUACGCUCCAAUACAUUGAGAAAGCAGGUCACCUUGCUCAGAUGGAACGUCCAUGCGUCUACAACAAGCGCCUGAAAGAAAUUCUUGCUACUUUAGUGGAAGAUGGGCACAAAAAACAAUGA